GUUGUCACACAGUACGGCCACGGUAGAACACGAGGUACGACGUAGCGUAUUAUUAUUCAGUGAAACUUACAUUGUUAUCGUUAUUUAUAUCAAUACGAAAUGUCCUCGUCUGGAUCGUUAAACGGACGGAUGAUUUUGAUAGUUUCGGUGCUGCUGAUCUCGUUGGCCGGAAUCGAAGCGGGUCAGGCCCCUUCCGACGGACUGCCUUGGGAGUUUGACAGGAAGACCGGUACGGUGAUGGUGGCCGACAACGUGCUCACAGGAUCUGUGAAUGCCGACGGCGGUAAGAUGCUGAAAGUCAACGAAGCUCAGCCGAUAAAGCGGUACAACUUCAACACCGAAUCCAUAGGAGGCGUUGGCAGCAACAAGGUGGUACAGCAUUCCACUACAAGCACAUCUAGCGGUGGCAGCAACACGGGUGUUGGUAAUGCCGGUGCAACGGACUGCACCAAGGUAAACAACGGUAACUGUGCCAACUCCGGAACGGGAAGUCUCAAGGCGAAUAAUGACUUAAAUGAAGAAAUAUUCAACUAUGUUAUGUACGGCCCUAACGGGGUUGCGCAGAACAAGAAGAAAAAGGUAACAGGGAAGCCGACCAAAACCGUAGCGCCGAAACCGACUUAUAGCGUUUACACUAUCAACGGCGGAAAUGGCAAUGCUUGGCCACAAUACGACAGAAGGAUCAAUAAUUGGAUGUUUGGACUCUAGCGUAUUUCGAUUUGCUGGCUCUCUCCUGAGAAAUGAAGUGUACCGAAAUUUAUUGUUUUUAUCACAUCAUCUUAUCGAUAAAUCACGUUAUAUUUUUUAUAGCAACAUAAUUGUUACGAAAGUUAAAUAAAUGUAACUAAACAAUAAUUG